AUGGCCGACCCAUACAACCCAUACACGUCUUACCCGACGCCGACUCCAGGCGGGGUCAGCUACUAUCCGCCUGAGCAACACGCGAAUGCGGUCUACCCGCACCAGCAGCCCUAUGACUACUCGGACGGUCUUCGGCAGGACCCAAAUCAUAUCUACGCUUCCCAGCCAGCUCCAUACCAUCUAGCGCCCGAGCCCUAUCAUGGCGUGCCGGCUGAGAGAAGCUACACGCCUGGCGGACAACCCGACCAUCUUGGACCGGUUGACACGGGUCACUAUCAGCAUACGCAAGGUGGUAAAGUCCCUGAGAAUCUGAGCUACUAUGGCCACCCUGGCGAUCCUCCGCGACAUACUACUCCGUCGCCCAAUCCUCACUCUAACCCGCCUGCUGUAUACCUUUCAGACGCCCAGGCUCCUCACCACUCACAGAGCGAAAAGCCGCACCGGUCCAGCUCAAGAGAUGACCAGGAGGGCGACGACCGCGGGCUGGGUAGUUCCCUGGCCGGGGGUGCCGCAGGGUAUUUUUUAGGACAUAAGAAAGAUCAUGGCCUCCUCGGCGCGCUUGGUGGUGCGAUCCUGGGCAAUUAUGUUGAGAGCAAGGCAAAGGAACACAAGCGGCACUCUUCUCAGGAACGUAGACAUCAUCACGGGCAUGAUCAUCAUCACCAGCAUCACCACCACCACGAACACCGCAGCCACUCGCGACAUCGUGGGAUCGACAGUUCGGGAGAAGACUAG